AUGAAGGUAAAUGUGCAAAGAGGUGAAGAGAUGGAGAAGAUGGAAGAAGAAGAAGAAGGAGGAGGAGGUUUGGAGGAAAAGGAGCAGAGCCGGCCCUGCGCCCCGGAUUCAAAGGAAGAGCCGUCUCUGCUGUGCACAGAGCAGGAAGGAGAAGAGUCGUCCGACUACAACACAGUGAUUGUAACCGGACAGAGGGAUCCCCUGGAGUCAUCAGACCCUGGAGAAUUCAUCCUCGACGCCCCACAGAGUUUAGCAGCUGAUGGCGGACACUGUCAGCGGAGCCUCCUGGCGGUAUGUGGGACGCUGCCUGAUGCCUCCUCGGGUGGAUGUUAUGGUAACUACAGUAGAGCGGCUCCUCAGGAGCCUCGGUUCUUUACUACAAGAGAACAGUACCAGCCAGUCAACCUGAAAAUGGCAGGUGCCUUCCCGACAAUGGCUCCCAUGCCACGGCGCUCUACUCGGUGUGCAGCCUCCUGUAAACUGCCAGCAUUUGUAUGUGACACAGGACUGGAAGGAGAGCGACCGAAGACCGAAUGUCUUGGAGAAAGUUUUGAUGAGAUAGCAGAACCGAGCAAGAAGAAAAGUCGUACCCUAUACAAUAUCGAUCAGGUGCAGGAGCUGGAGCGAAUAUUUAUGGAGGACCAUUACCCGGACACUGAGAAGAGAAGAGAAAUUGCUGACAUUAUUGGGGUCACUCCACAGAGAAUAAUGGUUUGGUUUCAGAACCGACGAGCCAAAUGGCGCAAAAGCGAAAAAACCUCAGUUAAAGGUGGCAAGAAGACAGUCUCCGGCUCUGUGGGGAUGUCUCACCCACAGAGUGCCACACUCUCUUCAUCUGCACUUCCCCAGCCAGAAGCUGUUUCACUUGCAGUCACUUCUGGUCAUUACCCCUAUGGUCCACUAUCAGGCAUCAGAAAUGGGUUGUCUCUGGCGCCCAGCGCACUUCUUCAGCGGUCUCAGUCGGCGGCGAUCUCCUCUCAGCACAGUUCUUCUUGCACUUCAAACAGGUCCGGUCUGGGGUCACCAGGGGGCAUCUGCUUACCGCCCUCCCAGGAGUAUCCGCCCACAUUCUACAGCCCACCCCCGCUGAGGCGCAUUGGCCUACCCAUGUCUAUGACCUUUAACCCCAGCAGUCACAUGGUUCCUCUGAUGCUGGACACCCCAGAAAGCACCUGCACACCACCCCCAUCUUCCGAGGGCGACAUGUUCUCCUAUAAUAUUCAGGAGUAUGUACAUAACGUUAUAGUAUUAUUACAGACCAUGUCGGCAUCUAUGAGAUAUGCUCCUCAGUACUUUCACCAAAUUAACCCACGAGGACCUUUCCAGAUGCCCCAGUACUCCCAGUACCAGCGUCUUCCAGUGCACAGCCUCACGCCAACCUCUCCUGAUGACGCGGCUUUCCUCGCCGUAUCUACCAACAACACUGGCAUGUUGGCGUACGGAAACCCAGGAGGCUACCUGCAGGGGCGUCCGGCCGGCCAUAUUAUGUUCCAGUCAGGCACAGGUGGACUUGCCUUUCACCCCUCUCCAUGGAAUGAUAUGUACAUACAAGGUGCUCCAUAUACCUGCUCUCGACCCCAGACGGGAAGUGUCCGUGGCAUACCUGAGCAGCCCCAGUACCCCCAGUAUAAAUCGUGUGUUCUGCAAUACCCUCAGAAGCCCACACCAGCAAACCAGGAGGAAAUCGAGACAGUUGAAGAUGCUGAAAAUGAGACGCAUGGUAUUUACUCCUAUGGUUCUCUGGAGAACAUAGUAAGCAAGAGGCCAGAGCGCUCCCCCGCCCAGAUGGCAAGCGAGAGGCCAGAGCGCUCCCCCGCCCAGAUGGCAAGCGAGAGGCCAGAGCGCUCCCCCGCCCAGAUGGCAAGCGAGAGGCCAGAGCGCUCCCCCGCCCAGAUGGCAAGCGAGAGGCCAGAGCGCUCCCCCGCCCAGAUGGCAAGCGAGAGGCCAGAGCGCUCCCCCGCCCAGAUGGCAAGCGAGAGGCCAGAGCGCUCCCCCGCCCAGAUGGCAAGCGAGAGGCCAGAGCGCUCCCCCGCCCAGAUGGCAAGCGAGAGGCCAGAGCGCUCCCCCGCCCAGAUGGCAAGCGAGAGGCCAGAGCGCUCCCCCGCCCAGAUGGCAAGCGAGAGGCCAGAGCGCUCCCCCGCCCAGAUGGCAAGCGAGAGGCCAGAGCGCUCCCCCGCCCAGAUGGCAAGCGAGAGGCCAGAGCGCUCCCCCGCCCAGAUGGCAAGCGAGAGGCCAGAGCGCUCCCCCGCCCAGAUGGCAAGCGAGAGGCCAGAGCGCUCCCCCGCCCAGAUGGCAAGCGAGAGGCCAGAGCGCUCCCCCGCCCAGAUGGUAAGCGAGAGGCCAGAGUGCUCCCCCGCCCAGAUGGUAAGCGAGAGGCCAGAGUGCUCCCCCGCCCAGAUGGUAAGCGAGAGGCCAGAGUGCUCCCCCGCCCAGAUGGUAAGCGAGAGGCCAGAGUGCUCCCCCGCCCAGAUGGUAAGCGAGAGGCCAGAGUGCUCCCCCGCCCAGAUGGUAAGCGAGAGGCCAGAGUGCUCCCCCGCCCAGAUGGCAAGCGAGAGGCCAGAGCGCUCCCCCGCCCAGAUGGCAAGCGAGAGGCCAGAGAGCUCCCCCGCCCAGAUGGCAAGCGAGAGGCCAGAGCGCUCCCCCGCCCAGAUGGCAAGCGAGAGGCCAGAGCGCUCCCCCGCCCAGAUACUCUUGACAUAG